AUGAAUUCGGCGGAACAGACGGUUACAUGGUUGAUUACGCUGGGGGUGUUGGAAUCACCAAAGAAGACCAUCUCGGAUCCUGAAGCGUUUCUGCAGAGCUCCCUGAAGGAUGGGGUGGUCUUGUGUAAACUGCUGGAGCGGCUCAGCCCGGGGUCCACGGAGAAAAUUUAUCCAGAACCGAAGAACGACGGUGAGUGUCUGAGCAACAUAAAGGAGUUUCUCAAAGGCUGCACAUCGUUCCGCGUCGAGCCGUUCGAGGCCAGUGACCUGCUGCUGGGACUAAACUUCUCAAAGGUGCUGAGCAGUCUGGUGUCCCUGAAUAAAGUGACUGCAGAUAUUGGCGUAGGCAGUGAUUCAGUGUGCGCCCGUCACUCCUCGGCACACCGCAUUAAAUCAUUUGAGUCGUUGUCCUCCCAGGCCUCACUGGGCCGGUCCUCCAAGCUGCUGCAAAACCAGUUUCGCAGUCUGGACAUGUCAGAAAACAGUGGACAGCAGCUGCUGGUUAAGGCACGUUUCAACUUCCAGCAAACCAACGAGGAUGAGCUCACGUUUACGAAGGGUGAUAUCAUCAGCGUGACUCGCCAGGAGGAGGGCGGUUGGUGGGAAGGGUUGCUCAACGGCAAGGCCGGGUGGUUUCCUAGCAACUAUGUCCGGGAGGUCAAAGGCUCCGACAAACAAGUGUCCCCGAAGUCCGGCACACUGAAGAGUCCACCUAAAGGCUUCGAUACAUCUGCUAUAAGCAAGACGUACUACAACUUGGUGUUGCAAAACAUUUUAGAGACAGAGACAGAAUAUUCCAAGGACCUUCAGAGCCUCCUUACAAACUACCUGCGACCACUUCAGAACCAUGACAAACUAAGCAGCUCAGAUGUGGCUCUAAUUCUCGGUAACCUCGAGGAGAUUAGCACCUUCCAGCAGAUGCUUGUCCAAUCAUUGGAGGAGAGCACCAAACUUCCAGAGAGCCAGCAAAGGGUGGGGGGCUUCUUCCUCAACCUCAUGCCACAGAUGAAGGCCCUUUAUGUUGGAUACUGCGCCAACCACCCCUCUGCUGUCAAUGUGCUCACCCAGCACAGUGAGGUUUUGGGGGAGUUCAUGGAGGGCCGCGGUGCAGUUAAUCCUGGAAACCUCACCUUGACCACAGGCCUCAGCAAACCUUUUAUGAGACUGGACAAAUACCCCACUUUACUCAAAGAACUGGAAAGGCACAUGGAGGAGAGUCACCCCGACAGGCCGGACAUUCAGAAGUGCAUGGUCUCUUUCAAAAGCUUGUCUAUUCAGUGCCAGGAGGUGCGUAAGCGGAAGGAGCUGGAGCUGCAGAUUCUUACAGAGUCGAUCCGGCUGUGGGAGGGAGAUGACAUUAAGACCCUCGGAUCUGUUCUCUACAUGAGCCAAGUCUUAGUGCAGAGUCCUGGAUCAGAGGAGAAGAAUGAGCGCUACCUCAUGCUCUUCCCUCACGUCCUCCUCAUGCUGUCUGCCAGCCCCAGGAUGAGCGGCUUCAUCUUCCAGGGGAAGCUGCCUCUGGCGAGCAUGACUGUGACCAAACUAGAAGACUGUGAAGCCUUUAAGAAUGCAUUUGAGCUCAGUGGCACAAUGUUUGAGCGUCUCCAGGUGGUGUGUACUCACCAGCAGGAUCUGCAGGACUGGGUAGAACACCUGACCAGACAGAUCAAACACACUGCAGCUACGGCACCCAGCCACAAACCACUCACGGUUCCCUGUCACACGCUCCCGUCUCACCCCCUCACUCCAUCCCGGCAUGCUGAGGGGAGGGCCAUGACAGUGGCCCCCACCUACCACACCCUGCCUCACCCCUCCUCCCAUGGAACAUCCCAUAGCACCAUGAUGUGGGGCCCACUCGAACCCCCCAACACCCCUAAACCCUGGAGCCUGAGCUGCCUGCGGCCUGCCCCCCCACUACGGCCGUCUGCCGCUCUCUGCUACAAGGAGGAUCUAAGUAAGAGCCCUAAGAGUGUGAAGAAACUCCUUCCCAAACGCAAACCUGAGAGGAAACAAUCUGAGGAGGAAUUUGCCCUGAGGAAGAGUACAGCUGCUCUGGAAGAAGACGCCCAGAUCCUGAAAGUUAUUGAGGCGUACUGCACCAGUGCCAAAACUAGGCAGACUCUUAACUCCACCUGGCAGGGCACUGACCUGAUGCAUAACCACGUGCUGGCUGAUGUGGACCGGUCCUGCGUGGACUCACCGGGUCGUCGUAGCAGCGUGUCACGGCCAGAGUUGACCUCUGACCUGUCGGAGGACUCUGACUAUGACUCCAUCUGGACCACUCACAGUUACAGAAUGGGUUCGGUACCGCGCAAGAGCUGCAUCUCUCACCAGAACUAAAGAACGUACAGUGCUGCCACGCUGUACUGUAAUGUAACGUACAGCGCGCUUACCUCUUUUACCUUCAAUGUAUUUGAAAGAAAGUAGAUUUUUUUAAUUUAUCUAUUUAUUUUCUAUUAUAUAUUUGUUCAUUUUUUUUUUGUUAACUUAUUUGGUUUAUUUAUUUUUUUGACAGUUUCUUUGAAGAUGUUUUAAGCAUCUCCCUGUUGCCUUUGCCACUUUCCCUUUUAUGUGCCUCCUCUCUUUCUGUAGUUGUCAUGCAGUAAGUGUUUGGUAAUUCUCUUUAAUUUAUAUUGAAUGUGACCACUCCCCUUGCUUGACCAUAAAUGUGGGACUCUCUUAGCGGAGAGUACAUGGAUGCUGGAGUGGAAUAUAGGGGAGGGAGACCUUGGGGGGAGGGAGAGAUAGGGACUGAGCUUUUCCUGUCUGAUAUUCAGAUGAAAUUCAGGAAUGAGUGUAUUCUAUUUACCAUGUACUACUUCUCUCCAGUAUGUAUUUUUAGAGUAUGUAAGCUCAAACAUAGCACAGAUGCCACAUACAUGCGCGCACACAGGUCCAGGCACAUACACGUCUGCUGCCAGAUAACAAAGCAGCACGCAAAGGUAAUAUCCAAAUUCUUGCCAUUUUCUAAUUGCUUUUCUAUUAUUCAGAUCUGUAUUCAUGGUGCCAGCCCGCGGCAGCAUUUAAUUCAACAAACCACGUGACCAGAAGUUUAGUGAAUAACACAAAUCCAAAGUUAGUCAGCUAAAAUACUGUCUGUACUUUGAUCUACAGAAAUACAUUGCAUUCCCCUUGUCAAACGUACCGACUGGAUAAAAAAAAAUAAUGGAUUCUAAAUUGAAAUUUAAAGGGAAGUUUCACCCAAAUGUCUCAAACAUUUCUAAUUUCACCACAUUACAAUUGAGGUGAAGGAAGUUUAAUUUGUGGACGUUGCAGCACAGAAAAAUGACUUUUUAAAACACUAAUAUGUCUUUCCAGUAACAAUGCCCCCAACACUCUGGAUAAUCUGCAGACUUCACCAUCAGCUAUUUUCAUUAGAACUACCUAUUUACUGAGGAAAUCGUCUGUAUGAAAACUGUUUACAGUGUACUCAAUGAGGACAUGUUUCAGGAUUGUUUUUCUUGUACCAUGAGCAACACAAACAAGACUCCGUAGUAAUGGUACAGAGGGAGAAAUCUCUGCGGCGUUACCUGGAUAGACAAAACCAAAUCUGCAUGACUAGAUACAGAGUAUAUUUUGGGUGAAUUGACUGUUUUUCAUUUAAAUAACCUGGUGUAUUGUGUUGUAUUCUAAGCAUCGUCAAACUGUAUCUAGUAAUGUUGCUGUCCGUCAGUGGUUCUACAGGGUUUGCAUUUAUACUUCUCAAGUCAGCGCAUCGACACAAUAAAAAAGAUUCAUGUAAAACCGGGCGUAAUAUACCAACCAUAAACCGUAAUCUACAGCCUGACACAGUUCCAGUCUUAUAAUACCAACUGAAUGCCUUUUGUUUGAUAGGAUGUCUCCUGAUACCUAAA